AUGCAAACGCCGGGCGCGCGUGCUUAUAGUGUCUGCUAAGAGGGGUUUAAAUACCACUCCACGCGAGGAGUCGCCGCACAAACCACCAACGGACGAAUACCUGAACAAUGUAACAGCUUUAGAAAGGUUUGAAAUAAGAGAUGGACAUCUCUGAGACUUGCUGAAAGCCCGUCUAUUGAAAGAACUCGCGAAACAAACUGCACACGCUCGAAACUUUGCGGUCAGAGCGCAGAAGAUGGAGCCACUCAACAGAGAUGGCUUAGAGCUGUCCACGAACAAACAGAGAAACGACCCGUGUUUAUCGUCCAAAGCGGAACGUUUGAAGCCUCCACACUCCUAUAUUGCACUCAUCGCAACUGCGAUUUUAAACUCGCCGGGGAAGAAGUUGACGCUGACAGAAAUAAACGAAUACUUAGUCCACCAUUACGCUUUCUUUAGAGGUCCUUACCAAGGUUGGAAAAACUCCGUGCGCCACAACCUGUCAUUUAACAAGUGCUUCGUUAAGAUCCUGCGUGAUCCAGCGCGGCCGUGGGGCAAGGACAAUUACUGGACGGUAAGCUCACUGCAUGAUUACCUGCUGGCGGAUGGGACAUUCAGAAGAAGGCGGAGAAGAAAACCAAAGAAAAAGGAAGACAGACAAGAUUUCGGACAUGGCCUUACCACUGAGCAGAUCCUACCGAACAACACCGUGAGGGAGUUUAGUAUUCAAGACGUAGCGCGCAGAAACAUUUUAAUGCUCCCCUCUUACGAGCCUGUCCGUGUGAAUCGGGUACGAUCCACUAAUGUUCCUACAGUCAGCAAGUCUACAACGCCCAAGCCUUUCCAUGGAUCGUUCUCUAUCGAAAGCAUUCUAGCUGAUGGGAAGACAAGCGCAAAAGAGGCUUCACUUAAGUCAAGGAGAGGAAGUCAGAAAUUUCCUCAUAGAAGUGUGAUUAAUCCAAACAUUGGUCCCCUGGUAGCGCAGAGAAACAUUGGCCACUGCUAUCACCCAGCACCGGAGACCCCCCACCAUUUUCAGAGACAGGAACACUUAUGCGCACCCAUGGUUCCUAACGCAGCCUUCCCGAGCAGCUGUGAAGUGUGGAACACUUGCCACUGUUUCCAUUCGUGUGCAACCGCUACCACGCAUUUUCACGCUUGUUACGGAUGGAAAAAGGAACAUAUCUAAGCGUGAUUACAGUUCACUAUAAUGAGCGGUUGAUCAAUUGAGUUACAGAUCUGAUUUUAUGAGGUCAACUGAAAGAAUUUGCCAUCUUUGUUUAGAUGAAUUUUGGAAUAAUUUAUUAGACUGAUUUUUGCAAACAAAUUGCUUAAGGUAUUUUUUCAUGUAGCAGUGAAGUGUAUAGGACGACCAUGCAUGCGCAGGUAAAGAAAUUAGCUGUACCUAUGUAGUUUUCCAAUUCUCGACAUUAUUUUUGUAAUUGCUUGGUAGGAAGUGUGUCUUAAACUACCGACUUCUCCAGCAAAGAGAGGCAAUUUCACCAACUAUGAGAGACAAAUAGAAACGAUUUUUCAUGACAAAAGAACGGUAUAAUUGUAAACUGAGGCAUACCACACCAAAAUUUAAAUUUGCAGUUCACUGUUCAAUUUGAAAUUCUUCCUAAAGCAUAGUAUACUUGUACAU